UUAUUUCCAGUUUAUCUGUGUGUGAGGAGGAAAGAAGAGAAAAGGGAAAAAUUUGACUUGCAAAUACAAUUCUUUAACUAAUCGCGUCACACAUAAUUUUAAACUAAUCGCGUCACUCGUGAGACUGAAUUGUUAUAAACAACUAUAUGUUGCUCACAAUUCAAACAAACAUUACUUUUCUGAAAUUUACAAGUCAAAAAAGAUUCUUUCGCCACAUUAAUGUUUUGCAUUUGACCGAAUAAUUAGUACAUUCUGGUUUUUUCUCUAAAAGUAUGGAUCACAAAAAGUGUUCAUGAAAGGAAAAACAAAAAACAAGGAACGACUACAAAAGUCUUACAAUUAGACUAGAGCGAAACAAUCCUAAUGAUAGAACUCCUGUAAUUUUUCUUCAUUCUAUUUUAAGCCAUUUUUUUUUUCUACACACGUUAAAUAGCAAGAUACCUCGUAUACGAAUAUACAUAAAGAUCCAUUUGGAAAAAACCGACAACGAAGCAUUACCAACCUCCUAGAAUCAACUACAUUGGUAACGUGUGUUGUAACGGUGCGUAACGCAGGACAAGAGAGCUGGAGCCAGGAACGAAUGUAGGGGAACAAGGCGACGAGGUUUUCAGGUUCAGUCGUCUACCGACCGUGGUGUCGAGCAGAGAAAGACGGAGAGUGUGUGUGUGUGUGAGGUGUGUUUGGCGGUCGAUUUCGGAUCGUGCAAGACGCGUCGUCGAAUCCAGUCAAGCCGACGACGCUCUUCACUCCAUUAAAUAUUGGGAAGGAUCUCCGCUUCUUUUGCUCUUAUCAGUUUUUCCGUUUGCUCGAUCUGUUCUCUCGCUCUUGUUCUGACUAUUUGUGAGCACUCGUAGCGUUCGGCCGACGAGACAUCGAUUCUUUGAGCAGGAGCCAGAAAGCCGCGAAAGGUUAUAAAAUGCUGACCGAUCAAAAGAACGUUAACUGGAGUUGACGAGGGAUCCAGACUAAUUUGUAGAGAGACGCCUAGUUGACCAACAUCAAUCAAGAGGAAGGAAGGAAAACACGCGCGCGUGCACAAACGCUUGUGAACUAUCAUUCGUGUAAGAAGCGAGAAAAGAUACGAUGGAUCCUUAUUCAUUGAGUGUGGAACGGGAAGCUUCAAAAAAUAUCGAGGAGAAUGAACGAGAGUGCUUCAAAGACGCGAUCGUCUCGAGUCGAAGUCUUAACAAAGGUUUCGUCGAACCAACUAAUAUUAGAAAUGCUAUCCGAGAGAUCGCCGCGUGCAUCAUCGCAGCGUCUUUCCACAUAGCGGUUGGUCUCGCUAUGGCAUACUCGGCAACUCUUAUUCCACAUCUCGAGAAAAAAGACGCGGAAGUACAUGCCACGAAAGAGCAGACUUCAUGGAUAGCCAGCUUGGUUGUCGUAUGCGCGCCGAUCGGCGCCCUGUUGGGCGGCUUCCUGAUGGAAAUGGUCGGUCGACUGCGAACUUUGCAGAUCGGGGCGAUUCCUUGCAUUUGCGGUUGGAUUCUCAUCGCUCUCUCGACCAAUUUGCCGAUGUUGUUGGUCGGUCGCUUGCUGUCCGGACUUGCGACCGCCCUGGCAACCUCGCCCGCAAUCGUUUACAUCACCGAGGUGGCCAGGCCGGAGCUGCGAGGCUCCAUGAUCUCAUUCGGACCGACGUUGGCGUCGUUCGGAAUGGUGCUGUCUUACUUAAAAGGUGCUUACCUACACUGGCGAACGGUCGCUUGGCUUAGCAUCAUCUAUGCGAUCGUACCUAUUAUCCUGGUGGAGCUGUGGGUGCCAGAAUCGCCGGUCUGGCUUGUCUCCAAAGGCCGUAUCGAUGAAGCCAAGAAGUCCUUAGAACGGCUUUACAAGAACGAAACAACAAUCGAGGCGCAGUUCACCACUAUUAUGAAGGAGAACGAAAUUAAAUUGAGCGAACAACGGCGGAGCAAACACGGCAACGCGUCGUCUAAGCUUCGUGGAUUUCUCAAGCCGACCGGGUGGAAACCCAUGUCAAUACUUUUUCUGCUUUUCUCUUUCCAGCAAUUCUCCGGAAUUUACAUCACAUUAUUCUACGCAGUGACUUGGUUUCAAGAAGUGGGCGCUGGUGUUGACGAAUACAUCGCGUCUAUUUUGGUUGGCGUGACGCGUUUUCUAUGUUCCAUGAUAAACACCUGGCUGCUAAGACGAUAUAAGAGACGAGCGUUGUGCAUAAUUUCGUGCAUCGGAAUGGCCGCGUGCAUGGCUGUUUCCGGUUAUUUCACGUUGAACAUAAAAAAUGGCAAUCGCAGCGGCUAUUGGGUACCGGUGCUGUGUCUGUUACUUUACGUAUGUACGUCGAUGGUCGGGAUGCUGACCAUUCCGUGGACCAUGACGGCAGAAUUGUUCCCGACUGAGAUCCGCGGAAUCGCUCAUUCCAUCAGUUAUUCCAUGGCAAAUCUGCUCAUGUUCGCAGCGCUACAAAGUUACAGAAACUUGCAAACUUUUCUAGGAGGAUCGUACGCGGUACAGUGGUUCUUUACCGGUGUUUCUCUUGGGGCGGCUGUUUUCGUUUGGCUACUCUUGCCGGAGACUCACGGAAAGAAGCUGUCGGAAAUCGAAGAGUACUUUCAGAACAACUUCCUGGCCCUGGGAGUGGAGGCAAAGGAGAAGAAGCGACGUGCCAAGCGAAGAGCGCAGCAGAAGAAGUUGCAAGGCACCGAGCCGCUCCAUCCAAAAAAUGUGCAGAACGUUUAAGACGCUUUUUCUUUUUUUUUUUCGUUUGUUUUUCUUUUAUCGCGAUCUGCAUAUUACAGAUACGCAGAGUUUGAGCGGUUUCAGAGACAGUGACCAAAGUAUUGAGACAUCAUGAGAAUACAGCCUAUACCAUUUUUACAGAAUUUAUAUAUACUAUUUAGAUCGCGAAUUAUACACGCGAGAUGUAAUUUAUUUACGUGAGAUACAUGCCGGUCGUCGAAAGAACGCACAACCUCAAAACAGAACAAUAACAUAUAUACAAAGAUAAGAAAAUGGUCUUUGCAUCUUAUUUUUUACUCUUUUCUUAUUCGUUAUUAAAUAAUAGAAUCCAAACGAUCGACGAUACACAUUUUGCAUUUAUUAUGUAAAUGUAUACACUUUGUUUCUUCUGUCAUGUCUUGAUAAAUCAAAGCUACUAAUAUAUGUAGAAUCAUUGUGUAAAGAAAAUGCACGUUGAAAAAAACGCGUGCGAUUAUCUUGCGAAAAGUAUAUGUACGUUCUGCGUUAGAAAGUGCCUCUCUAUUUUUCUUUUCUACAAAUAUUUUGUGCAAAAACAUCGUCAUUACAAUAUUACCGAUAUUGAUCUGAUGCCAUGCAGAUUACUAUUUAAUCACAAAUUGCGUGACUCGCGUGAUAAAGAUUCUCUGAUAUUAUCGUUCUUUUUGCGUGACUUUUCCUUUUAUUACUUAUCACUACCAUACCGCUGAUAGCAUAAUGGUGAUGAAGAAAACAAAAGUUACGAGUUGUGCUAGAAUUUUAAACGGUUUGGAAAGGUGCGCGAUGAAUCUGUAUACAAAUGCAUGAACGUUUUUUCUAAACAAAUCGAUCAUCCUUUCUCAAAGUUAAAAGCUCUUCGCGGGAAAUCGCGCGCUGUGUUAAAUAAUAAACAAAUUACUUAAAUAAAUCCGUUUGAUUUCGCGAGCAUUAGCGUUUUUGUUUACUUUGAAGAGAAGAUAUUUAAACCUGAUUUAGUUUAUUAAGAACUAUUCAGACGGAACAAGAUGUUUGAGGGAAGUCGCGCUUGCAAUGACGUACAAAGCAAAAAAAAAAAAAAAAUAAACCAAAUUUAUGUUUUAUACUUAAAUGUUAUACACAAAAAUUGCUCGCUUCAGCGGCGAAAGAAAGUAAUACAACACGCCUUUUAUAUUUGUGUAUAUUUGUAUAGAUAGAAUAAAAAUCAUAUUUAAAAAUUAUAUAAAAAAGAAUUCAACACACCCCGAAUAAUGUAAUAAAAAAUUAUUGUCUGACUUUAAAAGCAAUUUUGCUUAGAGUUCGUUCCGUCUAAAUAGAGAAGACGAAUCAUUGAACCGCGUAAGUUCGUAACGAACGGUACAUUCGUCAAUUUGAAAGAGAUGAAAUAAAGUUGAACUCUGUAUUUUGUAAGCCACAAUACGCCAUAUAUACGUAUAUAAAUGGUAAAAUUACGAAUAAAGCUUUUGGUAGUUCCUCUCGUUGCGCACGUUGCGCCUUUGCAAGAUAGACAGUUUUCGUCUUUCGUUGUGUGACUGGUUUUAUCGUUAUCCGCGUGUACUUACAAUUGAUCGAUCAAUUUCUAUGUAGUAACUAAUUUCUUUCAUACAGAAAAGCGAGAAAUUGAAGAACAAGGCUACAAGGCUUAUCGUUAAAACGGAUGUACUUUUACCACAUGUGAUAUUAUUUUUCUUGUUUUUUUUUUUCCCGCAAACGGACUUAGAAUUUUAAUAUACGCAGUUAUCCCAUACACACGUGCAGAACGAGAAGAGAGAAUUUGUUUGUGUAUUUGUUUGUGCAAUAAGAGCGACAAUAGGAUUUUCGCAUUUCUGAGAUUUUUCACAGAACAAUUGUAUGAUAAAAAAGAAAUCGUUUUAUGAGAAGAGUUUUUGAAACACUAAGAUAUCAUGUGCGUCAUGCGCGCAUUGUUAUCGCGAAAAUGCGUGAUUUUGGAACGAAAACAUUCCUUCUAUGAUAUGUAUUCUGUCGCUCUUUUUCUGUAUGCGAAGAUUGAGACAUGUAAUGUUGAUCCAUGUACUUCGUGUCGUUAUAAACUGCUACCGCAGUAUAUGCGAUGUCAUUGUAAAAUUGUACUAAACAAUUUAAUAAAGUUUAUUAACAAUA